UCACUCCCUCUUUUCCUUCUUGUCUCCUUUUUUCCCUUAAUUCAUCUUCCUCAUAGUUGUCUUCUUCUCUACUUUGUUCCAGUUUGUAGGUGUUAGUCUGAUGCAUGUGUACUGGGUGCAUUUCAGGAGCAUGUCAACUCAUCGUGGUAACACAGGGCAGGGGCAGCCUGCUCAAGUUUGAGCCUGUCCCAGAAUGCACCAACUGUUCCGUCUAGUGCUGGGACAGAGAGACCUGUCCCGUGCAGGAGACCUCUUCUCUCUGGAUGACAGCGAGAUUGAAGACUGUCUGUCCCAAGCCCUGGAGGAAAUCAAAGUCAUAUCCUGUUCACCAGACUACUUGACCAAUGACAAUGACCAAGCGGUGGUGGAGAUCUGCAUCACACGCAUCACUACAGCCAUUAGGGAAACAGGUUCGAUUGAGAGGCACGGAGCAGCUCUUGUGUCACUAUGGGAGUCUUGUCUCGAGCAUAACCUCCAGCCGCAGGGCAAAGACGAAGACACACCCCAUGCCAAGAUCGCCUCUGACAUCACCAGCUGCAUCUUGCAGAAUUACAACAGGCCUCCAGUGAUGGCAUUAGCGGUCCCUGUGGCAGUGCGGUUCUUGCAGCAGGGGAACCAAGAGCUGAGCAGAAACAUGUCCAGCUACUUGUCACUGGCUGCCAUUGCUAAAGCUGAACUCCUGGCCCAACACACAGAGGCCAUCACCUGCAGCGUGCUGGGAGGUAAUGCCAUGCUGUUGAGAGUGCUGCCAUCUGUGUAUCCACGACAACCAGAGCCCAUCCAUCAACACAUCCGUGAACUGACGGUGAUGAUGUCCCAGUUGGACCAGGCCGGCAGACAGCACCUGCUCAGACUACUGCAGACGAUCUCUGAGCAUCACCCCCUGGUAUUGUCGUCUUUGGUGCCAUCGUUGAUUGUUUACAUCAGUGAUAGUGAUCUCAGUGACACUGCCUUGAGUGUGUUGGUGAGCGUGGCUCAGGCAAGCCCCGCCUCUCUCGUUCCUUUCCUGUCCACCCUAAGAAAUGUGGGUCAGAAGAACCCUUGGUUGUUGGGACACAUCGCUAAGAUCCAUGGGGCAGUGGGUCUGACUAGUGAGGUCCAGGCUCACGGGGCGCUGCAGUAUCUGGUGUCUCUGUUAGCAAGUAUGGAGCACAGUGCCCAUCACACACUACUGCUGGAAAUCCGCUGCCUGACCGAUCGCUACACCUCCAUCCUGGGCGGCGGAGUAAAAGACAUCUACCGCAUGAGCAACAGUUUCACCGCCAUUGCGCGACUUUUGGGACGCAAGCUGGAGGCUGAGAGUACAUUUAGCAGAGAGGAGGAGAAGGUGCAGGAUUUGUCCAGGCCAUGUGAAGCCGAGUCUAGUUCGGACAUGUUUGCUGAGAACCUGCGUCUGCAGGUGAAGAUUCAGGCUUUCGAGCAGAAGAUGGGCAAUGAGGUGGAGGAGUUUGAGGAAAAAAUUAACAAAAAUGUUACUGAGCAACUGACGAGGAACAAGUCAAAGAGUCUGGCUCUUCACGCUGUACGCACACGAUCCAUUAACUCUGACAGCAGUCCAGAGGGAGAAGGGCUGGAUCUGAGCACAGAACUCGGUGUCUGUGAGGCCAGUCCCAGCCCAGAGACCCGUCCUGCCCUCACGACCCUGCAGGAGAACCACAAACUCACAGAGACUCAGCCUGACACAUCUCCAAACAGUGAGGGCCAAAAGGUGGUGGUUGGAGACCCCCGGGAGGGGGAUAGGCUCUGGAUCCACCUAAGAGACAACAUGGAAGAAAUCAAAACCUUCUGUGCGGAAAUGAUCAAACAAAUCCCCAUACCUGAGCACUGUGUCAUUGAAGACUCACAUCGUGGCUGUGUAGCUAAGCUGUCAUUCUCCUGUCCACUGAAAGGACACUACUGCCUCUACGGGAAGUCCUGUUUCUCGCUGUGUAGCCACCAGCCACACCUCUGGAUCCAAAUCAUGCUACUGGCACUGCAGAGUAAAGUGAGCGAGGCGUUGUGCUGUCAGGAUGAGUGUGUUAAGCAGCUGAGGAAACUUUGGGAGAAAACACAGCUGACGGGAGCUCACAGCUUUGAACUGGCCAUGACCCAGGCAACUGUUCCUCACAAGAAGGAUGUGGACAGUUUGCAGAUGUAUCUGGAGGAGGUUCGUUUCUUUGACCUGUUCAGCUACAGUGAAGAGGAGGGUGGCUGGCUCUGUUUCAUGUGCAGUAACCCUGAGAAAGCCACAGUUGUUAACCAGGAUGGCCAGCCACUCAUUGAGGGGAAGCUGAAGGAGAAACAAGUGCGCUGGAAGUUCAUCAAAAGGUGGAAAACGCGUUAUUUCACCCUCGCCGGCAACCAGCUUCUCUUCCGAAGAGGAAAAUCAAAGGACGAACUGGACAACAGCACAAUUGAACUUAGCAAAGUGCAAAGUGUUAAGGUGGUUGCAAAGAAGAGGCGUGACCGCGGGCUGCCCAGAGCUUUCGAGAUCUUCACCGACAGCAAAACCUACGUGCUGAAAGCUCAAGACGAGAAGCAUGCGGAAGAGUGGCUGCAGUGCAUCAAUGUGGCUGUGGCGCAGGCCAGAGAACGUGAGAACCGUGAGGCCACCACAUACCUGUGAUGCUUGUUCUGCUGAUCAAGCCAGAUGGGUACGUCUUAUUGCCACGUUAUCUCAUUAUGACAGUUUAUCAACAUCAAAGACAAAGGCCCUGUCUCAGAUGCCACCUUCAGCCUUUGCAGUCAUCCUCCACCUAAAUUCUUGCGAUGGUAAGCCAGAAAGA